AGGGGGAACGCGUACAUGUACUCCAGAUCGGCCUUGGAACAUUUGGGACGUUCCUCAAGCCGGACAUCGGCUGGAUCCUCACGCUCCUCGAAGCCCCCAUAGCAGACGGCUGCCCGCCCAGUGAGGAGGACCUGCGCGGCAUCGGGGUUGACUGCCUGGAGGAGUCGUGCGGCCCGCAGGAGCAGCUGGCGGAGGCAAGGCCGACGUGUUCAGUGCUCAAAGCGGCCGUGGACAGCUCGGAGGGCACGCGCACGCUCUGGUGCCUACCUCGGGGGGCGCGCAUGAAGGUGCGCCAGUGGAUGAUAAGCCGGGGCGCCCCCUUGGAGAAACGCGCAGACGCGGACCACCACUUGGCCUACCUGGACACUCUCGAGCGGCAGCCGGUGGGCGCCGGGGCGAGGAGAACAUGUCCAGCAUCGGCGACGUGGCGCAUCCGGACAUCACGUUCAAUGUUGGCAGGGUGGCCGAGAUUUCCGAGUACGAUCAGCCGCUGCUGGAGAAGCGCACUGUGGAGUGCUUCACCUACGAAGGA